AUGCCCACAGGCAAGCCUAGAAAAGGAGAUCUCAUACGUACAAAUUCUGAAGAACAGCUCCCUUUUCUCUGCUCUCGUGCAGCUGUGUACUAUGAUAAAGGACUAGAAAACUUGGUAGAGUCUGCAGAAGAAAUUGGAUUUCCUUUGGUAAAAUCCAAGGACAGCCAAGGGAGCGAGAGACCCUUCGUUGUCUUCGAUAAUGUCUUCGCAGUGGAAGGAUCGCAAUUUGAGCCGGAUUUCAGAAGCUUCGCUAGUGUCUGUGAAGUAUUCCCCAAUGGGUACAUGGCAUCCCGUUCCGAUUUCCAGACGUUCGAGGGAUACAAGAGAGUUAUAGCCAGUAGCAAAUGGGCACUGUUUCGAGCUAAAGUGGCACGCCAUAAGUCUGUUACAAUGGAGCCAUCAGAAAGUUGCAAUGUCGAUGCUGAAAUGUACAAAAGGCUGAGAAAACGGUUCAAUUUGAUUAAAGAAGACGGAGAGCCUACGGUUGGUGGAAGCAUGUUGGAAAAUUAA